GUUUAUCGCAUUGUUUCGUGUACGUACAGGUAGGUACAUUAAUUCGACGACAGUCUGCUGCAACCUGUCAAACAUAAUGCGCGAUAACAUCAAAUACUCUUCUCUUAAGUCGAAGUCAAAAAUUUCCUUUUUCGCCACCCGAUUGCUGUCGAAGUCGUUCUUUCGUAAGUAUGGCAUCCUCUGCGGUUUGCUACUGUUUGGACUUAUCUAUCUGGGCUAUCACAGGGUAUCGCAUCAAUUUUAUAUCCACCGAACGCUUCCAACCUAUCAACAGAGCAUCCAUUUUCAGCUGAAUUCGAAAGCUGAACGGGAAAAUUAUCAACCGGACCAGUGGCAACCAAUUGGCGAUCCGGCACUAAGAUUCCAAAUCUAUUCCGCCUACUUCGACGACAGGUUGGAAAUUGUGGAAAAUUUGCCGGUUCCGAAAGGAACACUUCCGUUUGGGAGUGUUCGUGUGAUCGCAGUUCUACCGUUAGGCAUUCGAGGGAACAGUGUGUUUUGCAGCUUUCGAUAUGAAGGGGAAGAUGAAACCUACCAGGCACGAGCGGAUCAGGUGGAAGCGAUCCACGAGCACUUCAAUAUGCCAUUCGCGGCCACGUUUGUUGUGUGCGUGUUAAGUGGGGAUGCGACAGCAAUCGACGUCACGCUUCCGAAUGAGGUUGGUUUGAGUUACGCCCUGGAACCGAGUAUGGUCAACGCGACCAGUUUCGUGAAGAUUCACUACAACAGGUUUACGGUCAUACCUGAAGGGUAUCCGAACUGGGAGGUGGCCGUCUGUGUCGGUCCGCUUCAUCACAACUACAGUAACGCGGCUCGGAUCGUGGAAUUCGUAACAUACUGGCGGAUGCUGGGGGCGCAACGGUUCUAUUUCUACAACAAAUCCAUCUCCGCCGAUGUGAACCGAGUGCUGAACUACUACCAGGAUCGGGACGAGAUCGAGGUGUACCAGUGGAAUCUGGAGGGCUACCAGUUCGAGCAGGAGCUUCGCUACGAGGGUAUUUUCGCUGCCAUCAACGAUUGCAUGUACCGAGCCACGAUGCUGAGGCGUAUCACAUACACAGCUGUGGUUGAUUUGGACGAAUUUUUACUGCCAGUCGGGAAGCACGUGGGGGGACUGGAAAAUUUAGUUCAGAGCCAGGACCGGUACGAUGUGCACUCGUUUAACUUCCGGGCAGUGUUUUUCUACGGCAAGUACGAGGAAGACUUUUCCACUAAGCCCGAUUGGGCCAACAAUACCUACCUGUACACUCAGGUGCGGAACCAGCGGACCAGCCGACCGCUCGAGUACCACAACCGGAGCAAAUACAUUGCCAAAGGACGCAACGUUAUCGAGGCGGGGAAUCAUUUUGUGUGGAAGGCUCUAAGCGGUACGAAAGAGUAUCGCAUCCCACCAGAGAAGGGUUUACUCUUUCACUAUCGAGACAACUUUAUCGGGGACGGUGAUGAAUUCUUCGUUGAGGAUAAUACUGCUCGGGAGGGCGGGGACUAUAUUUGGAUGGCCGUCGAUUCCAUUUGCCACAGAAUUUUCACAGAAAAAAACGGCCGCUGUCCUACGGGCGAGGAUGAUGACUAGGGGCGGCACAACAAAUUCGGUUGGUCUCAUCGAUUUUUAUUAGUGAUUCUAAGGUUCGUAUAAGCUAGCUUAUUACCAAUAUUGUAGACUUUAACUUAUACUUUAGGUUGUUUUGCCUAAUGCUAAAAGUAAAAAAAAUUGAAAGCAAGAAUACACUUUUUGGUUCUGUUACGCCCCUGUCGUA